CUGCCAGUGUAAACAAUGCAUUUUCCCACACAGGCAACAGAGGGCGCUAUUCACAAUAAAUGGGACGGGCAAUUUUUUGGCUGCAAGAUGGCUGCUCUACCAUCGGCAACGCAGGUUGCCGGUAGCAACCAAGCUGCGUAUGAAUCAAUCUUCAGACAGGUUGAUAAGACAGGUGCUGGUAAGAUCGGCGCCGUAGAUGCAGCUGCCUUCUUGAAGAGAUCAGGAUUACGAGAGACGACACUUCAUAAGAUAUGGGAACUAUCGGACCCCACGGGCAAGGGAUACUUGGAUAAACAGGGUUUCUUUGUGUCUCUGAAGUUAAUUGCCUUAGCACAGAGUGGCCGGGAUGUUGUAUUGUCUAAUAUAACCGUACCAGCUCCUAUUCCGAACAUGCAAGGAUCAGCAGCUGCUUCGUCCCAUUCCGUCACCCCUCCAAUGACUGGUGGCCCACCAGAAACAUCAUGGUCUGUCUCGCCGGAGGAGAAGUCGAAAUACGAUACAAUCUUUGAAGGGUUGAAUCCAAUCGAGUACAAAUUGUCUGGAGAUAAAGUCCGGACUGUCUUCAUGAACUCAAACCUGCCGGUGGAUGUACUCAGUCGGAUAUGGGAUUUGAGUGACAUUGAUAAAGAUGGAUUGUUAGACAAAGACGAGUUCGCUGUGGCGAUGCAUUUAGUCUACAAAGCACUGGAGAAAGAGCCCACACCGAUGGUUCUCAGCCCCCAACUCAUGCCCCCAGCCAAGCGCAAGAAGCCACCCAUGCCAGGAGCUGUAGGGGUGUUACCCCCCGGUGCUAUACCAUCCAAGAGGGCCACGCCUCCCAUACCCAUGGAUGGCUCUCCGAAAGGCUCACCAGUACUAGGAACCAAACAGGAGCAGAGUAAAUGGGUAGUUACUUCUCAAGAGAAGACAAACUCGGACGCCAUCUUCCAGAAGAUUGACACAGAUAAAGACGGAUUAGUCGGCGGUGAAGAGAUAAGACCUGUGCUAAUCAAUUCAGGAUUACCACAAGCUAUAUUGGCUCAGAUAUGGAAUUUAUGCGAUACAAAGCAAACGGGGCAGUUAAAUGCAGAACAGUUUGCAUUAGCGAUGUACCUUGUAGCCCAAGCUCAGUCAGGUACCAACCCACCGCAGGCACUAACACCUGAGAUGGUACCACCGACACUAAGACCUAAACCAGGAAAAGCUGCUGCUGGUGGAUUACAGGAUUUAGCUGCUGGCGAUUUCUCGGCAAUUAAAGAAUUAGAUGCAAUAAGUAAAGAAAUAGAAAGUCUGAGCAAAGAGAAAGGACAGCUCCAGAUUAAUAUCAGAACCAAAGAAGAACAUGUCAAGAUGAAGACGCUGGAAGUACAGGGACUUCAAAGUGAAUUGGAAAAGUCCACAUUGCAGACCAGGCAGCUAGAAACACAAAAGGCAGACGCUGAGAAGAGACUUGGGGAGCUAGAUCAGCAGCGCACUAAGCUGGAAGCAUUAUUAGCCGAGGUUAAACAACAGUGCCAAGAAACACAACAAGAUGUAGAUAAUCUCAAGAAUCAGAUUAGCUCCCAGGAGACUAGCCUGAAGGCUCAGGAAGAGGAAUUAAACUCAGCUCGUGUAGAGUUGACUACUCUAAGACAAGAAGAGGUCCAAUUGGAGCAGCAGCUAGAAUCAGGGAAGACGCAUCUAGACUUGGUGGUGCAGUCCACCAAAGGAGUAGAACAGGAACUGCAACAGCUGCAAACCAAACUGAAGAGUCUGGUGGAGAGUAAGAACAAACUAAACGGUCAGAUCCUUCAGUUUGAGCCGCCCCUAACCAGCCUGACGCCUCACGCUAACAGCAACCAGAGCGGUGUACUGCAAGGACAUGAAGACCUUGGCUUACCUCACCAUCAUAAUAGAUUACCGUCCACAGAUAUAGAUGCAUUCAGUAACAGAGCAACGGCUGGUAAUAGUCCCGUGAGUAGUGUUAGUGGAUUUAGUGUAAGCUCAGAGCUGAGACAAACUGAUGAAGAGUUCAAGGAGGAUCCAUUCAAAGGCCGAGACCCAUUUGCUAAUUUUGCUGAUGCAUCAUCGAGCGACCCAUUUCAAUCUCAAGAUCCUUUUAAAGAUGAUCCAUUUAAGUCAGAUGGCUUCCCCUCAGAUCCGUUCGGUGCUGACCCCUUUAAGAACUCAACGACCCCUGACCCUUUCAACAAAUCAACACCCCCUGACCUCUUCCACAAAACAGCGACCCCUGACCCCUUCAAGGAGUCGACGACCCCUGACCCCUUCAAGGAGUCAACGACCCCUGACCCCUUCAAAACCUCAACGUCGCCUGACCCUUUCAAGGAUUCAGCGACCCCUGACCCCUUCACAAACUCAACGUCGUCUGACCCCUUUCCAAGUACAUCUUCCGAUCCGUUCAACUCAAAAGUGACCCCUGACCCUUUCAGUGAUAUGAACUCUGACCCCUUCAAGAGUGGUGACCCUUUUGGUUCUAAGACAUCCACUGAUGAUCCCUUUGCAUCUUCAGCAACACCUGGAGCAGGAGCCGAGAAUCUGUUCAAAAGCGAUGACCCCUUCAAGGCAGGAGGAAGUACAAAGACUGACGGGUUCGGUUCGAUCGAUCCUUUUGGAGGGGAGACUUUUCCAGCUGAUGCUUUUAUGACGAACUCUACUAAAGAGGGAUUUGCGGGUGACACAUUUAACUUUAAAGAGGAGACGCCAGCCUUACCCCCUAAGAAGAGUAAAACCACCACGUCGUCGUCUAAAGCUUCCACUGCUUCAUCAGUGUCCAGUACUACAACCGCCUCCGUCAGUAACGCCGAUGCUUUCGCUUCGUUCGGCGGGGAGUCGAAGCCCGACCCGUUCGCUUCCAAGACCUCGACUAGCGACCCGUUUGGGGGAGAUCCAUUUGCUGGUUUCGCCGCUCCUGCUUCCACUAACGCCAAGGAGGGAGGGGCUGCCGAUCCUUUCGCAAGUUUUGCCGAUUUUGGAUCGGCCAAGGGUAACUCAAAUAAAGCUAGCGGUGAUGCGUUUUCCUGGUUAAUUGACGACUUCUUCUCAAGCGGAACGAAGAAGCAAGCCGAUCAAGGUGCCGGCAAUAAAGAGAACACAUCGCCUUUACCGAAGGGAGACAUCUUUGCCAGCGACGUUAAAAAUGUUUCUUUAGAAGUCACCCCUAAGGGUGCCUCGUCUUGGCCCGAAGAAGACAUUUUCUCCAGCAGCAACGAAAAAAUGUCUCCCCUAGAUGACUCGAGUAAGUCCAGUCAAGGAGUGUCGUUUUCGACGGACGAAGAUUUCUCAGGCAGAGGGAAGGAAACUGAAGGUGGCUCAAAUGAAUCGAGCGAAGAGGGAUUUCUUGGCGGGUUGGCGAAAUCCUCCAGAGUGAAAUUUGAGGUUGGGGAUAGUGCCUGGCCAUCACAGGAGGGCGCCAAACAAGACGAGAGUAAAUCAACGCCACAGGACCAAGACAAGAGUCAAUCAGACGGGGUCGCGGUGAAAACCGAAGCUGGCUCAUCGGAGGCAUAGCACCCUCAAUGAUGGUAGCUUAUAAUCGUACCAACAGAGGGCGCUGUUUGAUUUACUGUAAAUCAGCCCUCACUAGAGGCUGUCAAUCAACCACUUUAUGUCGGGGGACUAGUAUGUAUGCCAAAUUUGUCUGGAGUGACAGCGGACAUUUUUAAAGUGGUCAUUAAAGGCAGUGGACACUAUUGGUAAUUACUCAAAAUAAUUCUUAGCAUAAAACCUUUCUUGGGGAUGAGUA